AUGAUACGGAACAAGACGUGUGGAGUCUGUCUUUUGUCUUCACAAUUCCCAUGGAAUCAAAGUGGUGUAACUGUAGCUGGCGUGGUAGGUGUCAGUGGUGCUAAUCUUUCUCUAUUAAAUGGUCCAAUUGCAUUGCAUCUUGAUGCGUUAAAUAAUAUAAUGUAUAUUGGUGAGCAAACAAAUUUUCGUGUCUUGAAAUGGCCCGUAGGUAGCUCAACAGGCACUAUUUACGCUGGUAAUAAUGGAAAUGGAUGUAACCUCAAUCAGGUUAGUAUUGUUGCUGGCCUAGCAAUGGAUAGUUUUGGUAACAUGUAUACAUCGGAUCCUGGAUGCGAUUUAGUAUUACAAUUUCCUCCAAAUUCAGAUUCAACUACAAGUGGUACAUUGAAAAUGUCAGGUCAUACUAAUCCGGAACAUAUUUUUCUCGAUCCUUUGACAAAUGAUUUAUACAUGGCCAUGGAAGGUGAACAUUCAGUACUAAAACUGACAUACAAUAGUAACACUCCUGUAAUUGUAGCGGGAGGUAACGGAUCUGGCACUGGUUUAAAUCAACUAAAUCAGCCGAACAGUCUCUAUUAUGAUUCUGUAACUGGCAAUUUGUAUGUUGCUGAUACAAACAAUCAUCGUAUAAUGAAAUUUCCUCCAGGGUCAACCCAAAGUUCCAACGGAGUAGUUGUAGCUGGUAAUAAUACGGCUGGUAAUGGAACAAAUCAAUUAUAUGGCCCACGGGAUGUUAUUGUGGAUAAGAGUGGUAAUAUAUAUAUAGCUGAUGGAUCUAAUAAUCGAAUUCAACGAUGGCUACCAUCAGCUGAAAGUGGUGAUACAAUUAUUGGUUCCGCAGCUGGUGCACCAGGUACAACAGCAAAUUUAUUGAAGGGUCCUGAAACAUUGAGAUUUGGUUCAGAUAAUAGCUUAUUUGUUGUUGAUAGAGGUCAAACUGUAAAAACGUUACAACAGAUGAAUAACGUUAGUGAUGCUGAGUAUGAAGCCAUUCAAUCAUUGAAAUCGAAUAUGGACAUCGUUGUUACGAAGGCUGAUAAAGGAAAUUCUAUCGUUAUCCUUGACAAGAAUGAUUAUGUCAGACGUGCUCGUGAAAUCUUAGAAUUAGAUCAAUUUGAAUUGGUUACACCUAGGGCUGGUGUAUUACAUCUACAGAAUAGAGAGAAGCAAAUGAAUGAUUACAUUCGAAUUCCUCUUCAUGAUAAAAGGUUAAUAGAAACAUCAUUAUUCAUGCGUUUACAUUCAACGGGUGCCCCAUUUUCAACAUUUUAUGGAUUACCUAAAAUUCAUAAAAAUAACUAUCCUUUACGUCCUAUAAUAGGAACUUCCUAUGAUAGGAAGUUACAGUUAUGAAUUAUCGAAGCACCUUGCGAAUAUUAUUAAUCUUGACAGACCUGCUUAUGUUUCAUCACACGCGAAGGAUUCUUUUCAUUUCGUUAAAUUGGUAAAAGAUUUUCAAUUUCAAUCAAAUCAAAGAACGUGCAGCUUCGACAUUGAGUCAUUGUACACUCAAGUUCCUGUUUUCGAAGCAAUUGAUUGCGCUCUUGAUUUAAUUUUUAAAGAUAAAAAACAGCAGCCAACUUGUCCUUAUAGUCGAGAGCAGAUGAAAAAUCUUUUGAAGUUGGCUAUUUGUGAUGCUCCAUUUCGUUUUUAUAGUGAAAUUUUCAUUCAGCGUGAAGGAGUGGCUAUGGGUAGUGUACUUGGACCUCUACUUGCUGAACUUUUCGUGCAAAAUGAAGAAAAAAAGAUUCAGAAUUUGACUGAUGGGUGUUUCCACGCAGGUCCGCCCAUUUAUACAAAAGUUUUGGCCGGGUGGAUCUCACUAUGCUCAUUAGAUAGAGCAUGCCAAGUUACAUAUAAAUCGAUAUUUUUUAUUGACAAAAGUUAGGCC